AUGUCCCUCCUGGAGACCAAGCGCAAACUGGACGACGACCACAAUGAGCAGCCCCGAAAGUAUGGCUCUGGAGGAGCGGGGUCUUGGCUGCCGGCCAUACGGUCGCAGCCCAGUUCACGACGAUCGAGUGAGCAGGUAGAGGCAUAUGGCGACCCCUAUACGAUUCCGACGUCCUUGCGAGAAUUGCAAUCUAACCGCGGCUCACCGGUUCUCGUCGAUAAUGGACUCUUGCAGACCCCACGCAACUUCACCCCCAAAUCAUCAAUCGUUCUCAUCGGCAUUCGAGGCACUGGAAAGUCUAGCCUGGCAGUCAUUCUGGCGGCUACCUCUGGCCGCCGUCUGAUCGACUCCGACAGAUAUUUUCACCAGGUGACUGGAUGUUCUCGCGCUGCAUUCAAGAGGGACAACGACCAUGCGGUGUACCGACAACAGGAAGCCCGGGUAUUCGAGUCAAUGCUAUCAGAUAAUCAAGAAGGAUGUGUCAUUGCUUGCGGAGCCGGGUCAAUGGAGCGCAGUGGUCAGAAACUGCUGAGAGAAUAUGCGCAGACGCAUCCUGUCAUCCAUGUCAUCCGAGAUCCGAAGAGCAUUCAGUCGUACCUCAAAGCUUGGGAUAUUCAAAAAGUACGACACUUCCUUGAAUUGUCAGGGCCUAUAUACCGAGGCUGUUCAAAUCUAGAAUUCUUCAACCUCUCGGAGACCAUCAACCGCAGCGGUGCACAAGUGGUCAAGGAUGGCCACGAACCAUCACCGGAACCCAAACUCGACCAGCGCGCACAAACGCCGACACCUUUCUUAACCCUGAAAAGGGUUCAGCGUGACUUCCUCAGCUUCAUUGCUUUUGUGACCGGCGAUCGCACGGAGAUGAGCCGCCAGCAUGCUUCCUUUCCGUUGUCAUUAUUGCCCGUUGAGACUCGGCGAAAUACCUCGGCGCUUUCGGUCCCAUUUUCAGCUCUUUAUGAAAUGGACUUGGAUAUUGAGGAACUUGAGUUCACUGUGGAUGCCUUUGAGCUUGUCAUUGAUGUCACGAGCCCAUCUGGUCAGCCUGGCGCUGAUUCAAACUUGGCUGAUAGGAUUAGUCAAGUGGUGGCGACCAUCCGUCGCAAUAUCAUCGUGCCGUUGAUGUACCACGUCGAAAGCUACGUCACACCCGGAGGGUCUCUUUCGCCUGGUCAGAAGAUUCGUAUGAAUGAUGAUACUUAUUUGACACUCGUUCGACAUGGCUUGCGGCUUGGCCCCAGUUUCCUGUCUGUUGACCUGACUCGUGACGACACCCUGCUAUCUCAAGUCAUCAACUGCAGAGGAAAAACCAAAAUCAUUGGCCAUUUCGAGGCCUUCCAGCCUCUACCUGGCGGCUGGGAUGGAGUAGAAUAUAUGAACAUCUACGAGCGAGCGAAAAGGCUCGGAUGUAAUGUGGUGCGAAUCUGCCAGCCAGCCGAGACGAUGGAAGAUAAUGAGGCCGUGCAACGAUUCCGACAUCGAAUUCAGAGUCUUCCGGUGGCUGGUCUACCACUCAUCGCCUAUAAUACUGGUCACCUCGGCCGCAUAUCCCGCUGCUUUAAUCCCACCCUCACUCCUGUCACACACCCAUCCCUCAUGGCUGAAACACCCACUCAGCUAUGUCCCACCAUCACCGCUCGCGACGCGCAACAAGCGCUUUACAGUUCAUUUGCAUUGGAUCCGAUGCAGUACUUCCUCUUUGGUGCCAAUGUCAACUACAGCAUGUCACCCGCAAUGCACAACACUGCAUUCAGGGUCUGUGGAAUGCCACAUCGCUAUACGAUCUUCCAAUGCCCCGAAUUACGCGGCUUGAAUGAGCUGGUGGAGAACCCGUAUUUUGGCGGCUCCAGUGUCAGUCUUCCAUACAAGACAGAAGUCAUACCUCUCCUCCAUUCCAUGUCACCGCAUGCCCGAGCGAUUGGUGCCGUCAACACGCUCAUCCCCAUCCGGAAUAAUGAUGUGUCUGACCCUCGCCUGUCGGAUGAAUCCUCUAUCCAUCUCGAAAAGACCCGUGCCGGCCCGGUCAAGGGACUACAUGGAGACAACACUGAUUGGAUUGGAAUCUGCAAUUGUAUUCGCCGUGGUCUUUCUCCCGCGAACGCCGUGCGUCCGUCAUCAACCGGCCUUGUCAUUGGAUCCGGUGGUAUGGCACGUGCUGCUAUCUAUUCCAUGAUUCACCUUGGUGUGCAAAAUAUUUUUGUCUACAACCGUACCAUCGCCAAUGCCAAAAAGCUGGCUGAUCAUUACAACCGGCAAGACUUCGCAUCCAGCGAACGAAGCCCGGAUCGACACCCAAGAGUCAGCACUCUCGACUCGUUGGAUGAACUCUGGCCCGCGGCCUUUAAGCAACCGACGAUCAUCGUGUCCGGUAUUCCAGCUCACAGUAUCGGUGGAGAGCCCGCACCUAACUUUAAUGUCCCAACACAAUGGCUUGAGAGUCCGACGGGAGGUGUCGUCGUCGAUCUGGCCUAUAAACCCCUGAAUACACCCCUCAUGAAACAAAUCCGGGCUCUGUCCCACCGAGGCUGGGUGGCAUUAGAUGGACUCGACGUCCUCCCCGAACAGGGUUUUGCCCAAUUCGAGCUGUUCACCGGUCGACGUGCGCCCCGUCGACUCAUGCGCACCAUUGUCCUCCAAGAGUACGAGGACGAUGAAGCACAUGAUGACCGCAAUGCCAUCCAAUAUAGGCUACGGAACCUUGAUGGCCAACCCACAUGA